CCGAGAUAUUUUUCCCUCGUCCUCCGUUCUGAACGAUGAAGCGCACGGCGUGAAAAUGUGUGCGUCGUCGCUUACAGGUGCCCAAAAUGGAGGGCUGAAGCUUUAACAAUUCAAACUGGCUUUCUGCUGCUUUCUAUUCCCCAGCCCGCAUCUUCCUGUCACCUUUUUUUUUUUUUUUUUAUGUUUUUAAAUAUUCCUGCAAUUUGACACUUCCGUUUUUUUGGGGAUAUCACAAACACAGGCAAGCACAAAACAACUUGCAGACUUUUUUUUUUAAUUAUUCCCCCCAAGCUCCAGAAGCCAAAUAUCCUGAACUUUGUUUUUACACCCAUAAAAACAUAAACAGGCUUGUUUUGUGCUUGUUUGACCAUUCGUGCCGCCACUAAAUUGUUGAAGACGCUCAACUUUCAUUCAAUAUUCCUAUUUAAAGCGCACCCUACGCCCCCAUAUUUUUGCAAAAAAAGAUGAAUUGGGCAAUCCUAAUUUCUUCCACAGCACUUGAGUUGCAAGGAUUUUGUUUUCAAGCAGGUUCAAUUCCGAUGUGAGCGUUAUCAUCCUAAAAAAAAAAAAAGAACUUUGUAGCAAAUACUAGUCUGUGAAAAGAAGAGGAAAUGAAAUGACUGGCAUAUUGGAAACCUUUUAUUUUUUUUUUUUCCCCCACAAACUGAAGUGCAUCACUGAGCCCCAGGAUCGUGGAAAAUGUGGGAGGUCAACAUGGCCGGCUCGACUUCAGUGUGUGUGUGUGUGUGCGUGGUGGGGGUGUGGGGGUCAUAUGAACAUUCAGAAAAAUUUGGGCGGGGGGGGGGUUCAGGGAACUGUACUUUUUGUAAUGGCAGCGAGAGUAAUGUGUGACAAACUCAUUUUUUUUUUUUUUAAAUUCCAGCAUCCUGUUUCAUUUAAUGUCUCUUGAUAAGAAAAUAAAAGUUGUUUUUUUUUUUUUUCUUUGUGGUCAAGCAUUCCAAGGUUUUGACUUCCUCCCUCUCCAUCUUCUUCCCCUCUUUUUUUCUGUCCAUCUUUUGGACUUUUCCACCACAGCACUUUCCUUCCCUCUACUCGCCUGUUUCCUUCCUAACUUCACUCUGCCCUUCUAUCCAGUCAUGCAUCCAUCCAUCCAUUUUCUCAGCCGCUUAUCCUCACAAGGGUCGCGGGGGAGUGCCGUAACCUCUGUCAGCGGGCAGGAGGCGGGGCCCUCAACUGAUUGCCAGCCAAUCGUUGGGCAGAGAGAGACAGACAACAGUGGCGAUCGCAAUCGCACCUACGGACAAUUCAGUCUCCAAUGAAUGCAUGUUUUUGGGAUUUGGGGGGGGGGAACCGGAGUGCCCACCUGGAGGAAAGCCACACAGGCACGGGAAGAACAUGCAGGGAUUUGAACCCUGGUCCUCGGAAGUGGUGUGUCUUGCUUAUGAUUACGUUUAGCACGUGACAAAUAGGCCGCCCCCCGUCACGUGACUAACGCACACACCAGAUCCGAAUUUGGACAACGGCCGGACCCGCUGCUGGGUUUUCAUAAACCGGCCGAGUUCAGGGUUCGGCACAGAGAAGAGCGGGAGUCUUCGGAUUCAUGCCAAUAUGCGCAUUUUGUCAUUGUUUUUUAAAAAAUAAAAAAAAAUCGACUAUUUUUCCUCGUUGUUUUCGCUUCGUUCGUUUCGGGGUCACCUCACCUGUCCAAAAGUAGCCGAGCAACUACAUGGAAGCCAUGAUUGAGGCGAGCAGUGACUUACUCCUUCCCCCUAACUAUGAGAAGAAAUUUGCGGACAACCUGCUUUGCAACGAAGAGCCAAUGAAGGAUGGCGUUUCCCUGGUUAAGUCUCUCCUCCCCGUGCUGGACCCCCCCGUUUCCCGCAUCCCGUGGUUGUGCUCCACCCGCUACAAGACCGAGCUGUGCGUCAGCUACGCCUCGACGGGCUCCUGCAGUUACGCCGAGCGCUGCAAUUUUGCCCACGGCCUGCAGGACCUCCACGUACCCUUCCGCCACCCCAAGUACAAGACUGAGUUGUGCCGCAACUACCAUUUUGAGGGCUACUGCUACUUCGGCAGCCGCUGCCUCUUCGUCCACGGCGCCGCCGAGCAGCGGCCCGUGCUGCGACGCGGCCGACGCAGCGUGCCCUGUCGCUCUUUCAGAAACUUCGGCAUCUGCCCCUACGGCGCGGGCUGCAUUUACCUGCACGGGGAGACGACCGCGGGCGCGUCGGAGUCGGGCCACAAAGCCCCCGCGAGCCCCCCCAGGGCGUGGGAGCGGAAAUCCCGGGGAGCUUUCUGCCGCACCUUCAGCUCUUUCGGCUUCUGCCUGUACGGCACGCGGUGCCGCUUCCGGCACGUCCUCCCCUGCACGGUGAAAAGUGCCGAACCCGACUCGGGCCUGGGGUCGCCCGCUAUGGAGUCUGCGACUCCUGCCGUCUCCCCGCAGGCCCGUGAUGCCUUCGCUUUCUCCAGCCAGCAUCUCGGUGACCUGCUACUGCCCCUGGCCUUGCACCUGCGGAGAAUGGAGAGCGAUAACAUCGGUGACAUUUUGGAACAAGUGUAACUGGAGCCCCCACAUCUCCGACCAAUAUUAGCACCGAAGACCUGAAAAUGUUUAAUUUUUUGCUUUUUUUUUUUUUAAACUUUUUUUUUUUUUUAAUUUACUUUCAAUGCUUUUCAGCCAUAAGAUAGUAACUACUCCCCUGAAUCACAACUAAGUGUAACUUAUUUUUUAACUAUUGUACAUAAUGGGAGCAAUGUCUGACUUGCUGUGAAUAAAAUGUAUUUUUUUUUAAGCUUUUA